CCCAACCACUGCUCAUCGUCGCCACCACCCACGGAUCCUCCCACAACCUCAUCCUCGGACACCCCCAACUCCCUCCCCCAGUCCCACUCCCACUCCCACUUCCUGAAACUCAUUGGCCCUCCGGAUCAUGUCGUUGGUCCAACAUGUCUCGUCCAUCGAGGGUGUCGACCGCGAACCCGAUCCCCUGGAGGAUAGCCUCAUCAUCACCGCCAUUCCGGCCGAUUUCGCCCCCAUCCACCGCAAGAUCAGCUACGAUGUCCUGCAGCCGCAGGCCGUGCCGGAUGAGACUGCGAAAACCCCAGCCUACAAGGUGCCGACUGUGAAGCGAGUGGCCCAGGUCGUCGUCACCAUCCUCGCGUGCUGGUUCGCGUCCGGCAUCGUGUUCGGCUUCGCCGCUCUUAAACCCGUGCUGGUCGCAGAGGGGAUCUAUCGCGAGUGGUGCACCGACGAGGAACUGCGCGACGGGGUCGAACUCUGCGCGAAGCAGGAUCUUCAGUUGAACUUCUUCUUCACCAUCAGCUCCAUCACCGCCAACGUCUCCGCCCUCCCGGUCGGCACCAUCCUCGAUCGCUAUGGCUCGCGCGUCUGCGGCUUCGUAGGGUGUCUGCUGCUGGCGACUGGCAGUUUGCUCAUGGCAUACUCGUUUUCACACCCCCCGUUCCAUGGCUUUCUCGUCGGGAACGUCUUCCUGGCUCUGGGAGGGACCUUUAUCUUCGUCCCCUCGUUUCAGAUCGCAAACGCCUUCCCCCGAUAUGCAGGCACCAUUGUUGCUCUCGUUACGGGGGCCUUUGACGCGUCUGCAGCGGUCUAUCUGUUCUACCGGCUCACCUACGAGGUGACCAACCAGGCAUUCGACCCGGAGAAAUUCUUCCUGGUCUAUCUCAUCGUCCCCGUUCUGAUAUUCGUCGCGUUGAUCACUCUCAUGCCGUCGCAGGAUUACCAGAGCACCUACCAACUAGAAGUCAAGGUCGAAAAAGUCGAAGACGCCACCCGCGACGUGCACGACUCCGACGACGAGAUCGAAAGCGACUCUGAGCUGCGUCGCAUCCGCCGGGAACGCGCCGAGCGCCGUCGGAAGAAGCUGCGCAAGAUCAACAAGGUGCUGGGCGAUCAGGACGAGCGACAGCAGCGCGAGCAGCGCGAGGAGGACCGUCAGGCUGCCAGCGCCGUCUGGGGGGCGCUGCACGGCCAGCCGGCUCAGGCGCAGAUGGCCACCCCGUGGUUCAUCCUGAUCACCCUGAUGACGGUGCUGCAGAUGCUGCGGAUGAACUACUUCAUCGCCACCAUCCGGUCGCAGUACGAGUACAUGCUGGACUCGGAUGCGCUUGCUGAACAGAUUAACUACUUCUUUGAUGUGGCGUUGCCCAUUGGCGGCGUCAUCUCCACCCCUUUUAUUGGACUGCUUCUUGACCACUUCAGUGUCGCUGUCAUCCUCGCCAUCAUAGUGGUGCUGACCACCGCGACGGGCAUUCUGAACUCCAUCCCCAGUGUGGGGACCGGCUAUGCGACCGUCAUCCUUUUCGUUAUGCUUCGUCCGCUAUAUUACUCUGCCAUGUCAGACUACACCACCAAAGUCUUCGGCUUCGCCACCUUCGGCCGCGUCUACGGCACGAUCAUCUGCUUCUCCGGCCUCGUCAACUUCUCGCAGUACGGCCUCGACGCCCUGACCCAUGGGUCCUUCGGGGGCGACCCCAUCCCCAUCAACAUCUUCUUUGCGUGCGCCGGGUGCGUCGUCGGGGCUGUGUUGGUCGGGUUCGUGUACGUCGCUGGCAGGAGGAUGCGCGAGCGGGAGCGCGAGAUGAGGGAAGAUGAGGAGCGGCAGAGGUUGAUUUUGGAGGAGGAGGAGGAGGGUAUAGUUAUGAAUAUGAAUAUGAUUCAUGAGCUAUGA